AUGUUGGUUGAUUUGAAUGUAAAAUGGCCUCAAGAGGAUUUUAGCAAACCUAUCACAAAUAAAGACUUGGCUACCUUAAAGGAAACUUUACAAACAUUACAUGUUCUAGGUUAUACACAUAUUGCAUUGAAUUUCACAGUAAGUCAUUCUAAUAAAUUUUCUAAUAAUGUCAAUGAGCUGAAUCCUAUUAAAGUAAAAGAGAGGUUUGGCGAUUUCAUGAAACAAACAGGCAUGAAAAUAUACUCCCGAGUUACACUAGUUAUUGAUGAUCCAUCUAAGGGGCAAUCUCUGUCCAAAAUAUCUCAAGCAUACGAUAUAAUUGCAGCAAUGCCGAUUAGUGAGAAAGGUGUGACUUUGGCCACCACUGGAUUGGACGUUGAUUUGUUGACAUUUGAUUUUGGGAGCAGAUUGCCAGUGUUUUUAAAGCAUAAGAGUAUUUGUAGCUGCGUGAAGAGAGGUGUUAAGUUAGAAAUAGUGUAUGGCUAUGCGUUGAGGGACACACAAGCAAGAAGACAGUUUAUAAGUAAUGUCAGAAGUGUCAUUAGAAGUUCCAGAUCAAGAGGUAUUGUCAUUAGCAGUGGUGCCCAGAACUCAUUAGAAUGCAGAAACAUAAUUGGAGUCACAGCUUUAAUCAAGUCCAUGGGUCUUGAGAGUGACAAAUGCACAAGAGCCAUGGGCGAUCUUGCGUCUUUGGUGCUGUUGAAUGGUAGAUUGAGAAAUAAAAGCUAUAAACAAACUGUAGUUGUGGGUGGUGAGAUUACAUCUGAUGUAGUCAAUGACAUAGAAAAGAUAGACGAUGUUAAACUGUUGAAGAUUGUCAAACGUUCAAGGGACGACAGCCGCGAUGAUGAAUUCAAGAACAACAAGAAGACUAAAAUAUAA